GCCGUCUCGAGCUGAUCCCGUUCUCUACUUAUUGUCGAUCUCCUAGAAGCUGUCAUGUGACCAGAUGACUAACACAUGAGUAAUCACACAAAACCCCUCUGACGCCACUCCGCCGACGCCCUCACCGCCCGCAACACUAUCACCCACCAGCACCCGACCACCUUCACGAACCCCGACUCCUGUUCCCACCCCGACCGACCCCAUCCCCGACCGGCGAAGCUGCGCACUCACGCAAUUGGACUCAUAAAUGCCAGCAGAAUUGCCCGUGCCUGCUGCCGAGGCCCAGCCGGCUGCUGGCGCGGUGGCUUACCCGGCAAAAUCUGGUGAUGAAGCCGCUGCCGCUGCCGCAGUCGCUUCCGCUGCCUCGGCCGCCAUCCCCGCGAUUCCUGCUCAGGUCGCUGGUUCUGCUGCUGCUGCUGCUGCGGCCGUGACGCCGGCGGCGCGAUCGACAGUCACCCGCGGCAAGUACUCGAUCCGCGACUUUGAGAUCAAACGCACGCUUGGAACUGGAUCGUUCGGCCGAGUGCAUCUCGUCAGAUCCCGCUACAACCGUCUCUACUACGCCAUCAAAGUCCUCAAAAAGGCCCAGGUCGUGCACAUGAAGCAGGUCGAGCACACCAACGACGAGCGGCGGAUGCUCAAGCUCGUCGAUCAUCCGUUCCUCAUCCGGAUCUGGGGCACGUUCCAGGACUCGCUCCACCUCUUCAUGGUCAUGGACUACAUCGAGGGCGGCGAGCUCUUCUCUCUGCUCCGCAAGAGCCAGCGCUUCCCGAACCCCGUCGCGAAGUUCUACGCCGCCCAAGUCACGCUCGCGCUUGAGUACCUCCACUCUCACAACGUCAUCUACCGCGACCUCAAGCCCGAAAACAUCCUGCUUGAUCGCCGCGGAAACAUCCGCAUCACCGACUUUGGCUUUGCAAAGGAGGUCCCCGACGUGACCUACACCAUGUGCGGAACCCCCGACUACAUCGCGCCCGAGGUCAUCGCCCGCAAGGCCUACAACAAGUCCGUCGACUGGUGGUCGCUCGGCAUCCUCAUCUUCGAGAUGCUCACCGGCUACACCCCGUUCUACGACCAGACCCCCAUGCGCACGUACGAGAAGGUCCUCCAGUGCGAGGUGCGCUACCCGAACUACCUACUGCCUGAGGCGCGCGACCUCCUUAGCGGUCUCAUCACACGAGACCUCACCCGACGACUCGGCAACCUGGCCAAUGGCUCGGCCGAUGUCAUGAACCAUCCCUGGUUUAGAGAAGUCGAGUGGGACCGCAUACUGCGUCGCGAAAUCGAUACUCCUUAUGAGCCGCCAAUCCGGCAUGCUGGUGAUGCGUCUUUAUUUGAAUACUAUCCGGAAGAGGAGCUCAAUUACGGUAUUAACGGUCCUGACGAAUACCAGCAUCUUUUCCCCGACUUUUAG